GUGAAGUCUAACUUGACUGAAGGUCCUAAAGGAGCAGAGACCGGGAAGGCAGAACUUUGGUCCACCUCGGCGUAGACUGCAAGGAAACCACCCGGGGAAGGAAAGAAGGAGGGCCGGAAUAAGAACGUUUCACCAUCUCCUCAAAGUCGGUUCAGACGCACAACAAAAUGCAGCGAAGCAUUCAAAGGUUUGGGUGGCUGGCAAUUCUGGUGGCGCUGGCUGCAUGCAGCGCGCCCCUUGUUCCAUUUGACGACAUCGUAAUCGAGAAGACUUUCGUGCCCGAGAAGUGCGCGCGCGCCGUCAAAGUAGGUGACUUCGUCCGGUACCAUUACAACGGCGUGUUCCCGGACGGCAAGAAGUUCGACUCCAGUUACGACCGUGGCAGCACCUACAACGUGUUUGUGGGCAAGGGGCAGCUGAUCCAGGGCAUGGACAAAGCUCUGGUGGGCAUGUGCGUCAACGAGAGGCGCCUGGUCAAAAUCCCUCCGCAACUCGCCUACGGCAAGAAAGGAUACGGCGACAUCAUCCCGGCGGACGCCAUCCUUCAUUUUGAUGUGUUGCUGCUGGACGUGUGGAACCCUGAGGACGGGGUGCAGAUCAACACCUACUACACCCCCACCAUCUGUUCUCGCAAAGUGGAGGUGUCCGACUAUGUGCGCUACCACUACAACGGCACGUUGCUGGACGGGACGCUUUUUGACUCCAGCCACACCCGCAUGCGGACGUACGAUACUUAUGUGGGCAUCGGCUGGCUGAUCGCCGGCAUGGAUCAGGGCCUGCUGGGGAUGUGCGUCGGCGAGAAGCGCAUCAUCACCAUGCCGCCGUCGCUCGGAUACGGCGAGAAUGGAGACGGUAGCGACAUCCCAGGUCAGGCCUCCCUGGUGUUCGAUGUGGUCCUGCUGGAUCUACACAAUCCCAGCGACGGCAUCGCCAUCACCAACCAGCAGGUGCCCGAGCCGUGCCCCCGCAAGUCAGUGGAGGGAGACUUUGUGCGCUACCACUACAACGGAAGCCUCCUUGACGGCACCUUCUUCGAUUCUAGCUAUUCUCGUAACCGGACGUACGACACCUACGUGGGUCGUGGCUACGUGAUUGCCGGCAUGGACGAGGGGCUGAUCGGAGUUUGCAUGGGCGAGCGACGCACCAUCACCAUCCCGCCGCACCUGGCCUACGGCGAGGAGGGCACCGGCUCCAAAAUCCCCGGGUCGGCCGUCCUGGUGUUCGACGUGCACAUCAUCGACUUCCACAACCCGUCGGACAGCCCCGUCAUGACUGUCACGAGCAAGCCAGACCCUUGUGACCAGCUGACCAAAAAGGGCGACUUUGUCAAGUAUCACUACAACGCCACGCUCAUGGAUGGAAGCCCCAUCGACUCCACGUACAAUUACGAGAAGACGUACAACAUUGUACUGGGCGCCAAUCAGGUGGUCCCCGGGAUGGAAGAAGGGCUGCUGGGAAUGUGUGUGGGUGAGCGGAGGAACAUCAUUGUCCCUCCGCACCUCGGGUACGGAGAAGAAGGAGUUGUUGACGAGGUUCCGGGCAGCGCGGUGCUGGUGUUUGACGUCGAGUUGAUGGAAAUGGAGGAAGGACUCCCUGAGGGCUACAUGUUCAUUUGGAAUGAGGAGGUGAACGGAGAUCUCUUCACCGAAAUGGACACGGACAAAAACGAGCAGGUGGAACCAUCCGAGUUCACCGAAUACAUCAAGCGGCAGGUGAGCGAAGGCAGAGGUCGCCUGGCGCCUGGUUUCGACCCGCAGCGCAUCAUCGACAACAUGUUCAAUAACCAGGACCGCGACAGUGACGGCAAAAUAACCGCUGCGGAAUUUAGGCUCAAAGCCGACGAAAGCACCUCACAUGAUGAGCUAUGAUGGGACUCAGAGACCACAGGGAGAUGGUAGGUGAGGCGAAGCAUUACUGGGAGGGUAGAGGGGUUUUUUUUGGUUUUGUUUUGUUUUGUUUUGUUUUUUUAAAGACUGGCCUGAUGCUCAAAUGAGCCAAAUGAGAUUUUACAUCAGGGCGGAGACGCUUUCUCUAUCGGGAUCAUUUUAAGUCUUCCAAAGGCCAUGCUAUAUUCAUGAAAAGAAUCUUUUCCAACAAAUAACUGUUGGUUUUAGAUUUCAUUAUUAUGUGUACAAAAAAAUGCUCCAGUGUGUGUGACAAACAAGGCUCUUCCUUUUGUCUCUUUUAUUUACACAGCAGUACCUACUUGGCAAUUUUAGUUCCCGGAACUUGAGGUGAAAGUCACUGUCCUGUGGCAGCUUUUCCACCCUCAGUUCUGGGCUAAUAGGUACUUCGGUUUCUGGAAGCCGUUUAGGCCCUGCAAAUAAAAAUAACCGAAAGUUCUCAGAAAUUUAGCUUCGAAAUGCAGCCACAGGCAUAAUGUUGAGCAACUAAAUUGUUCAUUCAACCAGAAAUACCCAGAACCUAAGCAGUAUUUACCUUUAGGAUACAUAAUUGAGUCAUUGAUCCGUUUGUUGGAAGUACCGAACCAAGCUGGCACUGUGCAGUGAAAGAGCGAAAAAAAUCACUCCAUUCAAUCUUUUGGUUUAGGGAGCUGCCGUGAAUGUCCUCUUGACUUGUCGAUGAUUUUCUGUUUGUUUGAAUUUUUGUUGGGUUUUCUUAUUUUUGUGUGUGCUGUGUAUGAAUGACAACAGGAAAGUACAGUACUUCAAUGUUAUAUGGAGUGUUUGGUUUGGAGGGGGGCCCUUUUCUCUCCGUUGAGGGGUCCUACCAGGGCACAUGUGGGCUCCUCGAACCAAACAUGCAAUAGGUGCAAUGAUGGAUGACUUGUGAAUUAUCUGUGAGUUUUUUUAUUUUUUAUUUUUAAAAACCAAGUCAAAAUUUUACUGCAAUGCAAAAAUCUUAGGUCAAAGUGUUUCUUUUUAAAAGAAGUAAUGUAUUACAAGGACAAUAUAUCAGGAAAAUGCAAUUUUGCUCAUUUUCACAACAAAAAUCAGAGAAUAUGAACAAAGCAAAAAAAGGUCAAAGUUGUGGUCAAUUGUAUGACGUGUGCAUCACGGCUCUCCCCAGAAUAACGGAGUGGAAAUUACUCUUAGGCCACUAUUUGUACGGUAAACAAGAAAAUGUGUUAAUAAAAGAGAAUUGUUUGAAAAAUAAAGUAUCUGUGAGACUAAA